CCGCACCGCCGGCGGCUCAGUGACGCGGCAAAGCGCAGGCAGAGGCUAGUGACGCACGCGCUGGGAAAGAACGGGCAGCCAGCGGCAGAGAACCACUCGUGCGGGCCGAAGUCGAGAACCGCGCGCUCGGGCUCUAUGCGAGGGAGUUAAACGCGCACCGGCUUCCCUUUGAGAGCGGCUCCCGUCCGGCGGGACUUGGUCACGUGCUAGGGAUGAGCGUGCGCCUGCGCCUCGUAGCAUCUCCUGGCGCGCCUGCGCAGUGUGGCUCUAGCUCUCUUCCCGCCCGCCUUCGGUUACCGGCUGGAGAGGCAGUACCUGCGGGAGCGAGCCUACUCCGUUAAAGGAUGAAAAGUGACAAGGAACCAUUUUUUGUUAAAUUUAUAAAGUCUUCUGGAAACACAGAAUAUUUUUUUAAAGCUCUUGAGGUAAGCACUUUUGGUACCACUAUCAGCUGCUUUUUUCUGAAUUUAGUUUUCCAUUUAAUUAUUUUCAUGGUUAUUUGUAGCCUAUUAAUGCAUAUAUCUGUAAAUAAAAUAUAUUGUUUCUGUAAGAUGGAGGCAUUUAAUGUUAGAUAAUACAGUUGCCUUGUUUAACUUUUUUUCUACAGCAAGGGUCAACAUUUUCUUUGUUAUAUAUUUUUACUAAUUUAUAGUGGGUUAGUUUCACUUCUUAAUACAGUGGAGAAUUCAUAUAGUGAAAUCAUUGUUUUGUGAAACCGAUUUCCCUGUGGCCCCAAUCCUAUAAGGUGCUGUAUGCCUCUGGAAACGUGCUGAAGCACUCAAAACUUUUGGCCCAAUCCUGCAAACAGUCGCUGCCUGGCAUAGUGCUUACUACCGUGAAGUGGUUUUUUUAAAUAAUUGAAGAUAGAUUGUAUAACCUAAUUAAGAACCUUGACCUCUCCAAGGAGCAAAUUGUCCCACAGGGUUUGAAUUAAUUUAUUGAAGGGAUGAAAUGCUGUGCCUUGGUAACUAGCAUUUGAAUGAUCAUCCCGAUCAUACAGUGGUUGUAGAGGGCACUCAACAGGUUCCAGAACAGAGUGAGCUGCAAUCCUGAGGGUUCAGGUUCCUCAUCCACGCUACUAUAGCUUCAUUGAGGAGGGUGUCAAGUCAUUUCUCCCCUGGGAAGUCAGUGAGAGUUAGAAGGCUCUCAGCACAGAUGAGGUCCAAUAGAUGAAAAUUUGUACACUGUACAUUGCAGUGGAUUGAAAUAAUUUGAUAUUUUUGUUCAACUUCACUACAAAUCGAUUCUUGUAUACUAAUUUUGCUAUAAGUAGUUUCAACUGGAUAUGCUUUUGCAGUUGCUGUAGGAUUCAUUUAAAAGAAUUGUCUAACAAAGGGAAAGGAAUUUAAGUAUAUUGUUGUUUCAUGUUUUCUUGCAGUCCAUAAAAGAAUUUCAGUCAGAAGAAUAUCUCCAGAUCCUUGAAGAAGUGCCAGCACUCAAUAUAAAAGAGAAUGACAAAUCCCUUUACAUCUGUGACCCUUUUAGUGGCAUUGUUUUUAGUCACCUCAAAAAGGUUUGCUACCCACUAGAUUAGUUACAAGUGUCCUAUUCCUUUCUAAGGAAUGCUCAUAUACAUGAUCCUACACAUUUUCUCUUUCUGAAUUCUAUAUACUGGCUUGUAAUGUACACAGUGAAUAUGUGUAAUAUGCUGUUAAACAGAGUUUCAGUGGGAAAAUUGCAAAGGGUAGGAACAGCAUAAGAGGGAAGGCCAGACAAGGGAUUCAAUCCUUCAGUCUCAAUGGCCUCUGCUUCUACAGGACCUGUGACCACCUUUUUUGUUUCUCCCAGUUAUAGAGCAGUCUGGGAAAAUGGCAUGGUUGCAGUGAUCUCUGAGAUGUUGCAGUAGCAAAGGCCAGCAUAGCCAGAGAUCAGUGGCGCUCCAGACAUUUCCUCUGUUACCUAUGUUGGGGCCAGCUCUAUUCCAUGUGAGGAUUUCCCUAUGUUUGAGCAAUCCCCAGCCAAUCGGUUGGUCAGUUUCAACCGCUUUGUGUUGCUGGGAUGGGAUGUUGGAUAUUCCCCAAGAUAGGUUUUUUUUGACAAGAUUCCUUUUUUGUGGGAAAAGUGUCACCCUUCCUUCCAUAUUAAUCCUCUUUGAUCUUUUUGUUUUAUUUUUGUUGCAGCUUGGCUGUAGGAUCGUUGGACCACAGGUAGUCAUAUUUUGUAUGCAGCACCAGCGAUGUGUCCCGAGAGCCGAAUACCCUGUUCAUAAUAUGGCCAUGGCUGAUAUAACAAUAUCCUGUACUAGUCUUGAAAAAGAAACUAGGGAAGAAGUUCAUAAGUAUGUACAGAUGAUGGGUGGCCGUGUGUACAGAGAUCUCAAUGCAUCAGUAACUCAUCUUAUAGCUGGAGAAGUUGGCAGCAAGAAAUAUUUAGUGGCUGCUGCUCUGAAGAAACCCAUAUUGCUUCCUACUUGGAUAAAAGCAUUGUGGGAGAAGUCCCAACAAGGUAUGAUUAGAUACACAGAUAUAAGCAUGGAAGACUUCAUUUGUCCUUUGUUUCGUGGCUGUACAAUCUGUGUAACUGGCUUAAGCAGUGUGGACAGGAAGGAGGUGCAGCGUCUCACUACUGAGCAUGGUGGUCAAUACACAGGGCAGCUCAAGAUGAAUGAGUGCACCCACCUCAUUGUUCAAGAGCCAAAAGGUCAGAAAUAUGAAUGUGCCAAAAAAUGGAAUGUGCAGUGUGUGUCCAUCCAGUGGUUUUUUGACAGUAUCGAGAAUGGCUUCUGCCAGGAUGAGGCAAUGUAUAAGACAGAGUCUGUACAAAAGCAAAAUACCACACCCAGUACAUCAACUCCUACUAGCCAAGCUAGCAAACCUGACAGUCGUACCCUUUCAGAUGUCAGCCACAUUUCCAAUAUCAGUUUGAAUGGCAUUAAUGAAACUGCAUGUAGCUCUGCUUUGAACAGCAGGCUGGAUCCUCCUCCUGAUGAUCUGGAAAAUUUGGAUAUCAGUUCUUUUCAAGCCCCUGAUGAUUUACUAGAUGGGUGUCGAAUUUAUCUCUGUGGCUUCAGUGGCAAGAAGUUAGAUAAAAUGAGAAGGCUUAUUAACUCUGGUGGUGGUGUUCGAUUUAAUCAGCUCAAUGAAGAUGUCACCCAUGUUAUUGUGGGAGAAUAUAAUGAUGAACUGAAGCAGUUUUUGAACAAGACUACUCACAGGCCUCAUGCAGUGACAGCAAAAUGGUUGCUGGAGUGCUUUGGUAAGGGUUACUUACUUCCAGUGGAGCAGUAUAUCCCUCUGAAUUACCAGCCAAUAGAAAAUCCAGUUUUGGAGCAACCUGGAAUUAAACGAACUGUUCCCAAAAGUAAUAGUCUCACAAAAAAAGAAGCUGUAAAGCUUGUACAGCACCAGAAAGCAGAUGAAGAUGACCUCCUCUCUCAAUAUGUGAAUAAUGAUUCCACAUUAAUUGAAGUUGAAAAGCUAGAAACUGGUAACUUCAGUGAUGCUACGCAUGUUACCAUUCAAGAAGAGAAGCAGUCCUCUAUCUGUCAUAGUUCACUGACUGAGACUUCUACAGUGGUUGAAGAAGGCUUAUUCAGCAGAAAGAGGUUCCUUCUUUUGGGUUUUGGUGAAGAGGAUGAGUCCUGCAUUGUAGAAAUUAUAAAGGAGAAUGCUGGGAAAGUUCUACCGCCUCAAAACAGAGCAAUUGCAGACUAUGCUGUGGUUCCUUUACUGGGAUGCAAGGUGGAGUCAACUGUAGGAGAUGUUGUUACAAACACAUGGAUGAUUAUGUGUGUAGAACAGCAGCUCCUUUUAAACCCUCAGUCCAACCCACUUUUCACCCCAGUAUCAGUAAUGGAAGGAAGCACUCCUCUGGAAGACUGUGUACUGUCUUUCAGCCAGUUUACUGGUGCCGAGAGAGACUCCCUGGUGUUCUUGGCAGGUCUUCUUGGAGCGAGAGUCCAGGAAUUCUUUGUGCGAAGAGCCAACCCAAAGAAAGGAAUGUUUGCCAGCACCCACCUAGUAGUCAAAGAGCCAGAUGGUUCUAAGUAUGAAGCAGCAAAGAAAUGGAAUUUACCUGCAGUCACUAUGGCUUGGCUCUUGCAGUCUGCAAGGACAGGAAAGAAAGCAGAUGAAAGCAAGUUCCCAGUUGAAAAUGUUAAUGCUGGAGAUAAAGAAGAGAGUUUAAUGAGUCAGUCCAACAAGACAGAGACAACUAUAAUGUCUUCAGAUAUACCAGACCAUCCUAGCAAUCUCCUUGAAGCUGGGAAGAAAAUAGCUGUGACGCCUCUUGAUGUGAACCGGUUCCAGAGUAAAGCUUUCCAUAGUGUGAUCUCGCACCAUAUUGGGCAAAAGCCAACCCUUCCUGCAGAAGGAAGACUGAUCCAGAAAGAACCAUCUUUGCAUCUUGACACACCAUCCAAAUUUCUUUCCAAAGAUAAGCUCUUCAAGCCUUCAUUCGAUGUAAAGGAUGCCCUGGCAGCUUUGGAAACUCCAGGGGCUCCCAAUCAGAGAAACAGGAAGCCGAGUACUCCUCUUUCUGAAGUCAUUGGCAGGAACUUGAAAUUAGCUCUGGCAAACAGCACUCGUCAUACAGCAGCUCUUACUGCCAGCCCUCAGCUGCGGGCUGCACAAGCAGAAGUGGUGGAAGAUUCAAAACCUCUUGCUGAUCUAGUCAUAUGUGUUAGUAAGAAACUCAGUAAAAAGCAAAGUGAACUGAAUGCUGUUGCCGCUUCUCUUGGAGCAGAUUACAGAUGGUGCUUUGAUGAAACAGUAACUCAUUUCAUCUACCAGGGAAGACAAAAUGACAGCAGUAAGGAAUACAAAUCUGUUAAAGAAAGGGGCAUACACAUUGUUUCAGAGCAUUGGCUUUUAGAGAGUGCACAAGAAUAUAAACGACUUCCUGAAUCUCUGUUCCCUCACACUUACAAUCCCAAAAUGAGUCUGGAUAUCAGUGCAGUGCAAGAUGGCAGACUUUCUUCCAGUAGACUUCCAUCAACUGGAAAAAUAGCAAAGGAAGUUGAGAGUAUUUCAGUGGAUGAAAAUGACAUAGGAGAUGUAACUACUAACCAGGUAAAGGAAGCAGUCACAAUAAGGGAGGAGCAAAUUGCAGGAAAUGAAGCCAAAGGAGUUUUAACCCAGACACUGGAAAUGAGGGAGAACUUUCAAAAGCAACUACAGGAGAUCAUGUCUGCAACAUCAAUAGUGAAACCACAAGCACAAAGAGGAUCGUUGUCAAGGAAUGGUUUUGACAGUUCCCCUACCACACCAGAUGGCACACGAUCUGUGCGUAACGGUCGUAGUAGAGUCUUGGAAGCUCUAAGGCAGUCACGGCAAGCAGUGAUGGACAUAAACACAGAGCCAUCACAAAAUGAGCAGAUUGUCUGGGAUGACCCCACUGCAAGAGAGGAGAGAGCAAGGCUCGUCAGCAACUUACAGUGGCCCAAUAGUCCUUCACAGUACUCAGAACAAAUUCAGACUGAUGUAAAUAACAUGAAUGAUUCCCCUUUCAGGGAAUCCUUCACUGACAGAGAAGUUGCUGAAUUAGUUAAAAUUCAAACAAAAUCAAGCAACAAUGAAUUACCGUCCACAGCUGUUCAUGAUUCUGAGGACACAGGUGUGGCAGAGGUACCAAAGCAUCCAAUAUAUAAUGAACCAGAAACCCCAGGAAAAGAUGAUCAAGUGAUCCCCACACCGCAAGCUCCCAGCAUUGCUUUCCCGCUGGCCAACCCUCCUGUGGCUCCACAGCCCAAAGCAAAGGCUAUUACAGUAGAUGAGAAGGUUGAUGAAGAACCAGAAAAACCGCGCAAAUUCCAGCUGUCUUCACUUAAUCCUCAAGAGCGAAUCGAUUACUGCCAUCUGAUUGAGGAACUAGGUGGACUGGUGCUUGAGAAGCAGUGCUUUGAUCCAAGUUGUACACACAUCAUUGUGGGACAUCCUCUUCGAAAUGAGAAAUACUUGGCCUCGAUGGCUGCUGGAAAGUGGGUGCUUCAUCGUUCCUACCUGGAGGCAUGCAGAGCAGCCUGCUGCUUUGUACAGGAGGAAGAUUAUGAAUGGGGAAGUAACUCCAUACUCAAUGUUUUGUCUGGAAUCAAUGUAAACCAAAAGAAACUAGCACUUGCAGCAAUGAGAUGGAGGAAAAAAAUCCAUAAAAGGAGGCAGGAAACUGGCAUCAUUGAGGGGGCAUUUAGUGGCUGGAAAGUGAUUUUGAAUGUUGACCAAACCAAGGAAGCAGGAUUCAAACGUCUUCUUCAAUCAGGAGGAGCAAAGGUACUGCCAGGUCAUUCUCUACUUCUCUAUAAAGAAGCUACUCACCUUUUUGCUGACUUCAGUAAACUGAAGCCAGAUGAUGCCAGAGUCAAUGUACUGGAGGCUGCUGCCCAAGGAGUGAACUGCUUGAAACCAGAAUAUAUUGCUGACUACCUCAUACAGGAGCUUCCUCCUCCCAUGGAGGGUUACUGUCUGCCAGAAGCUGUUUCUUAUCUUCAAAAUAGCAAAGAACUGGGAAUUGGAUUAUCUCAGAAGAGAAAAGCACCUGGAGAAACAAGCAAAGUCAAACGAUCCAGAAUACACUGAGGGGAUUCUCCAUUUUUAAUUCUUGUAUUUUAAAUUUCUAUUUAUGAAUAUUUUGCCAAUCUCAAUGCUGAAAAAAUUAAAAGCUUUUUUAAUUUAA